UUUUUCUUCUUGCAUUAGUUAUGUUAGUAAAUAAGUAUAUUUUUUUUUCAUCAGGAGUGAGAAAGGAACUUUUUAUGCUCUAGAUCUUGGAGAUACUAAUUUUAGGGUCUUACGGGUUGAACUAGGAGGUCAAAGAUCCUCUUUGCAUCCAGAUGUGGAGCGAUUUGUUAGUUAGGUUUGUGAAUGAUUUUAUUGUCUGGUCAUGUAAUAUGUAUAUUUAUUUAUUUUUCUUCUUGCAUUAGUUAUGUUAGUAAAUAAGUAUAUAUUUUUUUUCAUCAGGAGUGAGAAAGGAACCUUUUUAUGCUCUAGAUCUUGGAGAUACUAAUUUUAGGGUCUUACGGGUUGAACUAGGAGGUCAAAGAUCCUCUUUGCAUCCAGAUGUGGAGCGAUUUGUUAGUUAGGCUUGUGAAUGAUUUUAUUGUCUGGUCAUGUAAUAUGUAUAUUUAUUUAUUUUUUUCUUGCAUAAGUUAUGUUAGUAAAUAAGUAUAUAAUUUUUUUCAUCAGGAGUGAGAAAGGAACUUUUUAUGCUCUAGAUCUUGGAGAUACUAAUUUUAGGGUCUUACGGGUUGAACUAGGAGGUCAAAGAUCCUCUUUGCAUCCAGAUGUGGAGCAACACCCCAUUCCUAACCUGUUGAUGAGUGGCAGAAGUGAGGACCUUUUUGAUUUUAUAGCUUCAUCAUUACAUCAGUUUAUUGAAAAAGGAAAUGAUUCUGAGCAAUCUCCAAUUACAAAAGAACUUGGAUUUACAUUCUCUUUUCCUGUGAAUCAGACAUCUGUUUCAUCAGGCAUUUUAAUCAAAUGGACAAAAGGAUUAGCAAUCAAAGACAUGGUUGGAAAAGAGGUUGCUGGCAGUUUACAACAAGCACUGGCUAGGAAAGGUUUAAAUAUGCAAGUUACUGUGCUGGUGAAUGAUACUGUUGGAACAUUAGCUCUUGGACAUUAUCAUGAUGCAGACACUGUUGCUGCAGUGAUAAUUGGAACAGGUACAAAUGCCUGCUAUUGGGAGCGGACAGAUGCUAUCAUUAAGUGUCAAGGACGUCUUACAACUUCUGGAGGCAUGGUUGUCAAUAUGGAAUGGGGAAAUUUUUGGUCAGCUCAUCUGCCAAGAACUUCAUAUGAUAUUGAAUUAGAUGCUGAGAGUCCAAAUCCAAAUGAUCAGGGUUUUGAGAAAAUGAUAUCAGGCAUGUAUCUUGGUGACAUUGUUAGGAGAGUGAUACUAAGGAUGUGGGAAGAGUCAGAUAUUUUUGUAUCUGUUUCUUCUAAAUCAUCAAUGCCCUUUGCCUUAAGGAUGCCUUCAAUGGCUGCAAUGCAUGCGGAUGACUCCCCAGAAUUGACAGAAGUAGCAAGAAUCUUAAAAGAUGAUCUCGAUAUUCCAGAUGUUCCCUUGAAGGCAAGGAAGCUUGUUGUGAAGGUAUGUGAUGUGGUAACCUGCAGGGCUGCUAGAUUGGCAGCUGCUGGUAUUGUUGGGAUCUUGAAGAAGAUUGGCCGGGAUGGAAGUGGUGGCAUCACGGGUGGAAGAAGUAGAAGCGAUAUCAAGAUGCGAAGAACGGUGGUGGCAGUUGAGGGAAGUUUAUUCACACAAUACACAAUGUUUAGAGAGUACUUGCAAGGAGCAUUGCAUGAAAUAUUGGGAGAAGAUGUCGCAAGGCAUGUCAUUCUUAUGGACACAGAAGACGGAUCAGGGACUGGAGCAGCGCUCCUUGCGGCUUCAUAUUAAUCCAAAAGUGUCGAUAACUUACAGCAGCUAUAAAUAUAUAUUACUUUAUAUACAUAUAGCCCCUGUAAAUGUAGAAUUCAAUUCCAUAUCUUUCAUAUAUAAAAAGAAAGGUUUGUUCAUUACUUUCCACUUUGUCAAAGUUUAUCUUCUAAGAGUAUCCUUAAUCUUCAUUUUCCCCUCUCAAGGUUAUUGUAUAUUGAUGCUUGGCAAUUUGAAAAUGAUGUCUAUUUAGGAAAACAAUGUCAUGGUUUUUUUGAAUUUUUUUAAUUUACCCUAGAAAUCUUCUGUACUCAAUUUACUUGUUUAUUUUCGGGAAAGGCAUUAUGUCUAUCAGUAUCAAAAGCAUUACGUCUUCGUCUCGACUCAUGAACGCUUGUUAAGUCCCUUCUCAAGUCUCGAAUCAUGAGCACCUCUCAAGUGUAGAACCAUGAACACCUCACGUGUAGCGGAUUAUAUCUUGAAUCGGGAUCAUGUAAGUGUAGCAACGUUACGUCUUGAAUUGCGACUUAUUUAUUUGUGUUAAUGGCAUUACACGAAGGCAUUAUGUCUAUCUGCAUAAAAAACAUUACAUCUUGAACCUUAGCUUAUUUAUUUGCAUGAAGAACAUUACGCCUUGAAAUAUGAAUAUCUAUCAAGUGUAACAGAUUACAUAUUGCAUUGGAAUGACCUUUUUUAAUUGUAGUAACAUUGCAUCUUACAAUAUAAUUGAUUAUAUUUUGAAUUGUGAUUACCUUUUAGGUGUAGCGAUAUUACGCAUACAAUUGUGACUUAUUUGCUUGGACUAUUACGUGAAUGAUAUUAUAUUUCAAAUCAUAAUUAUCUCUCAAAUACAAUAGAUUACGUCUCGAACUGUGAUCACCUCUCUAAAUACUGUAAAUCUCAUGCUCAUCUCAAGAUAUAAUCUCUUGCACUUAGGAGAUUGGCGUGA